UUAACUCUCUCAACUUUUGUUUCUUCUCCUACCUUCUUUCUCUUACACUAAAUAUAUACUUAUAUAUAUAUAAAGAGAGAGAGAGAGAGAGAGAGAGAGGAGGAGAAAGAGUUGAAAGAUGAAGACUCUUGUGUUUUCAUAGGAACAAGUGAUAUGUGCGCAAAGAAAGAAGAAGAAGAAGACAGUUCUAGAGCCAUGAACAACAUCCAAAAUUACCAAAACGACCUCUUCUUCCACCAACUCAUCUCUCACCAUCAUCAUCAUCACGAUCCCUCUCAAUCCGAAACUUUUGGACCAUCCGGUAACGUUGGAUCCGGAUUCACUAUCUUAUCUCAAGAUUCUGUCUCCCCAAUAUGGUCUCUACCUCCAACUACUUCGAUCCAACCACCAUUCGAUCAGUUUCCUCCUCCUUCUUCUACUCCAGGAUCUUUCUACGGGAGUUUCUUCAACAGAAGUCGAGCUCAUCACCAGGGAGUACAGUUCGGGUACGAGGGUUUUGGUGGAGCCACGUCAGCAGCACAUCAUCACCAUGAACAGCUUCGGAUCUUGUCCGAGGCUUUAGGUCCGGUAGUGCAAGCCGGGUCUGGUCCUUUUGGGUUACAAGCUGAGUUAGGGAAGAUGACAGCACAAGAGAUCAUGGACGCUAAAGCUUUAGCUGCUUCAAAGAGUCAUAGUGAAGCUGAGAGAAGACGAAGAGAGAGAAUCAAUAAUCACCUAGCUAAGCUCCGUAGCAUAUUACCCAACACCACCAAAACGGAUAAAGCAUCGUUACUAGCUGAAGUGAUCCAACAUGUGAAAGAGUUGAAGAGAGAGACUUCAGUGAUCUCUGAGACAAAUCUUGUCCCAACGGAGAGCGAUGAGUUAACGGUAGCUUUCACGGAGGAGGAAGACACCGGAGAUGGUAGAUUCGUUAUCAAAGCGUCGCUUUGCUGUGAAGACAGGUCGGAUCUCUUGCCUGACAUGAUCAAAACGUUGAAAGCGAUGCGUCUUAAAACGCUUAAGGCGGAGAUAACCACCGUAGGGGGACGAGUCAAGAACGUGUUGUUUGUCACUGGAGAAGAGAGCUCCGGCGAGGAAGUGGAGGAAGAGUACUGUAUAGGGACGAUAGAGGAGGCUUUGAAGGCGGUGAUGGAGAAGAGCAAUGUGGAGGAGUCAUCUUCUUCUGGGAAUGCUAAGAGACAGAGAAUGAGUAGUCACAAUACUAUAACUAUCGUUGAACAACAACAACAACAUCAUCAUCAGAGGUAAUCAGUUUUUACUUCAAUCGCUGUCUCUUUUUUUUCUUUCUAAUUUUCUGUGUAUCUACUACGUGUGUGUCGUUUGAUGGAUAUGGAAAUGAAUGUUGUUGUACGUCACGUUAUACUAUAGAUAUGUGUGUUUGUGUGUAUGUACUAUGUAUAACGGAGAUAUUUGUAUCCGUUAUUGAGGUCUUGGACUCUUGAAUAUCGUUGAGUUGUUUUCUAGAUAUGAUAUGAUUUAUGUA